UCUGAACGAGUACUAUAAUAAACGCUUUCUUUGACACCUAAGCAAACGAGAAAAUCUGCUUCUUGCUUUCUUGACGAUUCACACCUGCUAUUCACACCACCCUCUCAUAAAUCUCCCUCUCGCUUUCUCUUUCCAUCUUUCUCUCUCUUCGAUCCAUUUCCGCCAGAAAAAUUAAAAUAUUGCACUAGCUAGCUUUUUAUUUUCUGGGUUCUUUGGGUUCUUAUGGAGGGUCAUCAUCACCAUCAUCACCAUCAGCAGCAGCCGCAGCAUAUCAGUGUUAACGUUGAUACGAGCGACAGAUUUCCUCAAUGGAGUCUUCAAGAAACAAAGGAGUUCUUGAUGAUCCGAGCAGACCUAGAUCGAAAUUUCAUGGAAACAAAGAGGAACAAGCUUCUCUGGGAAAUCGUUGCCUCAAAGAUGAAAGAAAAGGGUUUCAAUCGCAGCGCUGAGCAGUGCAAGUGCAAGUGGAAAAACCUCGUUACCCGUUAUAAGGGGUGUGAGACAAUGGAACCGGAAGCCAUGCGGCAACAAUUCCCAUUUUACAAUGAACUCCAAGGGAUUUUCAGUGCACGGAUGCAAAGAAUGCUGUGGGCGGAAGCCGAGGGAGGAGCGAGCGGGUCUAAAAAGAAAGCGGGACAGCUGUCAUCGGAUGACGAGGACGACAACGAAGAAAGCGAGGGAGAGAAGGGCGGCGCAAAGAAGAAGACAAAAAAGGGGAAGAGCAAUAAUAUUGGAAGCAGCAGUGGUAGUGGGAAUAAUAUGAACAGUUUGAAGGAGAUAUUGGAUGACUUCCUGAAGCAACAGAUGAAAAUGGAGAUGCAGUGGAGGGAUGCUUUGGAGGUGAGGGAAAAUGAGAGGAGGUUGAAGGAGAUGGAGUGGAGGCAAACGAUGGAAGCGCUGGAAAACGAGAGAAUACUGAUGGAGCAGAGGUGGAGAGAGAGGGAAGAGCAAAGGAGGAUGAGAGAGGAGGCUAGGGCUGAGAAGAGGGAUGCUCUUGUCACAGCUCUUCUAAACAAGCUCAGACGAGAGGGGAAUUAAUUAGAAAACGAGCAAAUUAAAAGGUGUCGACU